UGUACACAGUAUACAUACGCUAUACAAAAUUAAGGUUCCAAACUUCUUAAGUUUUGAAUCUAUUAAAUACUUAUCAAUCUACAAUUUUUAGUUUUUUAUGUAGUCUUUAGUUGCUUCUUACUUCUUUUUUGAUCAAAUUGAUUUGAUAUAGGUAUAUAUACUAUACCUAAUAUACCUAUACAGUUUAUUAGUUUAUGAUAAACAUUAAAAAGUAAUCAGUGAGUUAGUUUUGUAUAUUAUGCAUUAAGUGUCGCGGAGAUGUCGAGUUAAUGAUUCCGUCUCAAAAAUUGUUUCUUGUAUAAAAAAUAUUGUAUAUUAAUAAUAAGUUUCAAGAUGCACAUUUAAAAAUGAUUUAUUACCGAUUUGUCGAAUUCGUUUGUGUUUAUAUAAUCGCCAUUUCACUCUUUUCAAUCCCAUUUACAAAUGGGGUAAAUAAUAAUUAUAUUAAAAUGUUUCCAAAAAUUGGUGAAAAUGUUACACUAAAAUGUGGCAGCAAUAACAUAAAAAAUUCUAUUGUGUCAUGGAAAAUUAAUCAUAAAGAAUUACCAGGUCAAGCAAAAAUUUUGGAAAAUGGAGAUUUAUUAAUUACAUCAUUUAAUUCAUCAGCCGCUGGUGUUUAUGUUUGUGAUUUAGCAGCUGCUAAUGGCUAUGUUGAACAUGCUCCACUGGCUGAAUUUGAACUAAAACCAAAAAGUAUACCUGGAUCCUUAAUUGGUGUAAAAGUUAUACCUAGUACUGUAUUAAUGCUCAUCACAUGGAGAAAAAUAGAAAACAAUGAUGAAUCUUCUGUUAAAAAUAUUACCAUUAGGUAUAGAAUUAUAGAUGAUAGAAAUUCAAGAGAUGAUUGGAAUGUUCUUCAAGUAAAUCCAUCUAAGAUGUUCAAAGAUAUUUAUUCGCUACGGCCAAAUACGUUAUAUAAAAUUCAAAUUUGGGCCAGCAAUGAAAUAGGCGAUGGGGCCAAAACUGAAUUGACCACUAAAACAUUAAACGACAUGACAGAAUCUGAAUUAGAAAAACACCUUUUGGAAGGUAUUGAUACAUUUGAUACCAGAGCAUGGACAUUUGCAGUAAUUGUGAUCAUGAGUACCUUUAGUAUAUUUGUAAUAGCAUUGUGUUGCUUAUUUGUCAAGGAUCCCAGAGUGCAGAAAAGAUUGGAACAUAGUGAUGACGUUGAACGAAUUGAGUUAAUACCAAAUAUUACUAUAAAUCCUGGUUAUUGUGAAACAUAGCUAAGAUUUGAAUACACUGAUACUAAUUUUUGAGUCGGUGUGUAAUCAAAUUGCUGGUGAUUUGGAAAAUUUGGUGAUUUAGCUUGAUAAAUUGUUUGUAUUGUUUUUUUGACAUUUGGUUUGAUUUUUGAAUCAUAUAUAAAUUAAUAAUAUUAAUAAUUAGACUAUUUUCAAGAUCUUUUUUUAAAUUAAUGUUAAGGUUUAAACCACAGAUUAAAUAUAUCAGUAUAUAAAUUACUAGUAAAUAUAUUACAUUUUAAUCUAUGUCCAAAAUGAUACAUACCUAUUUUGUAUAUUGAUCUGUGAAUUUUUUUAGUAAGAAGUUAGGUUAUAUUUGUGCUAAAAAUAUCAAGUUAUUUGAUCUGAGAUUUAGUAAAAAUUCUAAGUCAUUAUAUUUAAUUAAGGUCAUGUUGGUCUUAUAGUAUUUAAGAGGUGCUUUUAAGUGUAGGGUGCUUUCUAAAGUAUAACAAAAUAGUUAUCAAAAUACAUAUUACAUAGAUUUAGACUAAAUUGUAUUUUGAUAGACCACACAAUAUUUAUUUCAUAUUAUAUUUAUUCACAGGGUUAACUAAUUCCGUUUUUAAGUAAUAUUUAUUUUUCAAUUUUCAAUUUGUUGAUUAACUUGUGUCAUACAAAACUUAUUUCAUUGUUAAUCGUAAAAAUGUCUUAUCUUAUUUCUAUUAACCCCCCCCCCCCCCCUAUUUUAAUUAUCUAAACUUAGUAUUUUGAUACUACUUCUUCCAGUAUAAAAUAUAUAUCAUUGAACAAAUUAUGUACAACAUUUUUUAUAGUAAAUUAUUUACCUUAGUUGAAUUCAUAUUUAUAUAAGCAUAUCCAUUAUGACAUGCCAAUUCCAAAAAUUCGUGAUAUCUUAUCAUAUGAUUUCAUUUUGAAAUUCAAAACUUAUUAUUCAUUAAGCAAUUUAUAUAAAAUUAUAAAUUUGUUUUAAUCUAAAAAGCUUCCUUUACAAUCAUGUAUAAAGAAUACUCUUGAAUGCUUCCUUUUUUUUUAUAUACAUUUGGCUAACGAAAAAUUACUAGUCAUUCUACAAGACAAAACGAGGUUCUUAUUACCUUAAUUAUAAGACUGCACGCUUUCAUUUCCAUGCUGCCAUGCAUUUGUUGUUUUAUUCUAAUGCACAACGGUAGCUAUUGGUUUUAUUGUGUGAUUUAGGUUAUAUUAUGUAUAAUGUUAAUGUUGUAUUUUCACUAUCUUACUGUUAGAAUAAAUUUAUUUAAAACGUAUUUAAUAUAUUCAUCACAUGAUUAAUUGAAUCAUAAUCAUAGUACAUAGACACAACUAAUAUACAAUAAUAAAGUUACAAAAAUAAAAUACCAAUAAUAUUAUUCUAAAAUAUUUUACUUUUUAAAGUAUAAUAAAUUUAAAUAACUAAACCCUGUAGAUCAGUGGUGUGUUUGAAAUAUGCAAUCAUAUCAAUUUUGUAAAUUAAAAGACUAGACACUAUAUUAGACAAAAUUAAUACAAAUUUAAUCAAACAUAAUCAUAUAUUUUUAAUGAAAAAAUAUUUAGUUUUUCUUAUAAGGAAAAAUACUUAUUGUAAAUUUUAAAAUGAUCCAAUAUUUUAAGAAAAUUAUGUUUUAACUAUUUCAUCUAUCUUACUUUAUUUAUGCAUUUAAUUGUAUGCUUUUUUUUAUCCCAAAUGUUGUUAUUACUUUUUUAUUAUUUCAAUAAUUUACAUUGUAUAAUUUUAAAUGUUCCAAUAUUAUUAUUAUUAUUAUUAUUAUUAUUUUGUUACCUAACUUUUAUUUUACCAGACAAAAAUAAUACCAUGAUAUAAAUGUAUUUAAUGUAAAUGUGCUAAACCUAACACCAGUAAAUGUAAUAUAUCUCUGAUUAUGACAUAAUAAAUAGUUUAAUUUAGAAUGUUUAACGGUAGAUAAAUUAUUGAUGGACAGUAGAUGACCUACUCAAAAUACUAAAAAGUAGUAAAUAUUUAAAAACCGGUGCUAAAUCAAAGUAAUCAUUCUCUACAUUUUCUAUUCUUCUUUGUAAUGUUUGCCUAAAAAACAUUUGAGUGUAUAAACAAAUUGACUUAAAUUAAAAAUAAAAACAUUUCAGGGUACAAUACAUUUUUAUUUAUGUGAAUUUAUAUGGUUUAUUUUUGACAUGUAUAUUUUUUUUUUUUUUGAACGGUUGUAUCACUUUGAUUAUUAUCAAGUUAAUCCAUUGGAUAUAAUCAGGUGCUUUAUUAUUUUUUUUGUAAUCUAAAAUGUGAUUAGAUAUUAAUUUUACUAUUAAUAAUUAUUUUUUAAGUCUGGUAUGGUAUAGUGAUUUUUGUGAAUUAUUUUGUUCUUGUGUUAAUUUUGUUUUUUUUUUUUAAUAAACCGACUAAGAAAAAAUA